AUGGAUUCAGCCAGCGUGGGGGUGCUGUGCGCCCUGCUCCUGUUCUCCCUGCCAGCCGGCCAAGCCCAGAGGCGGGCAAAGGAUCACCAGCGCCACCACCACCACCACUGCUUCAGCCAGGAGCAGCUGCAGGCUGGAGAGCUGCCCACCCACUUUGUGAGCAGGACCAUGAAGUGGGACCGAUACGCCCCCGUGCAGCUGGUUCCACACCUGGAAAAGAUGCAGCAGGAAGGAGGCCAGAGACGCAAGCGCCAAGUAGAUGGGUGCCCGGCUCUGCAGCUCCAGGCUACCGUCAACAGCGAGCCCAACGAGCGCUCCCUCUCUCCCUGGAGAUACCGCAUCGACGAGGACGAGAACCGCUACCCGCAGAAGCUGGCCUUCGCCGAGUGCCUGUGCACCGGCUGCAUUGACGUCAAGACGGGCCGGGAGACGUCCUCACUCAACUCUGUGCCCAUGCACCAGACCAUGAUGGUGCUUCGCCGUAAGCCGUGCCCGCACAAUGCCAACCCUGGGAUCUUUGCCUUCGAGGUGGACUACAUCAAGGUGCCAGUCGGCUGCACCUGUGUCCUCCCCAGGUCCAGCGGCUGA